AUGGCCAAUCGCGCCGUGCCCAAGACUUCCCAGGUCACCCCUGGCGCCCAUGUCAACAUCGUCCUCAAGCCCGACCAGCGUACGGGCCGCCAAGUCAGCGGAGUCGUGCGCGACGUGUUGACGCGGGGCGACCACCAUCGCGGUAUCAAGGUCCGAUUGACAGACGGCCGCAUUGGGCGGGUCCAGAGCAUCGCCGACGCCAGCUCGCCCACCAAUAGUGGUAGUACGACGGCAGUACAGGGUGGUGUCGCCUCGCCUGCGGAUGGGCUUGUCGACCCAGUAAGCAACGCCACUUCGCGCCCGCGGGGACGGUCCCCUCGCUAUCGCGACGCGCGUCUCGAAGAACCGCUCGAAGCAGCACCCCAGCAAGCCGAUCUCAGCGCCUUCAUCGUUCCCGCACGACGCCAAGGCAAGGGCAAGAAGGGCCAAAGGGGCCAAAAGGGCCAAAGGGGGGAGACCAGCCGGUCGAGAAGUCCGGCCAACCACCAUAGAACCCCGCUGGGCAACGAAGUCGAUGCAGCGGCCGAUGUCGGCUCGGUGAUAACGACUUGCCCCGUGUGCGGCACAUUCGAGGGCGACGAGACAGCCGUCUCAUACCACGUCGCGGAGCACUUCCAGUGAGGACUCCCGGCCCGAUGUGACGCCGUCGUGUCGACGUGCGCGCGACGGCAGAGAUCUAAACAACACAUGGACCUAUAUUGCAGCUCGCCCUCUAUCGGACGUACGCAGAAUCAUGAUUCGCCUAUCCUCGAAUAAAAUAGUAGCGUGUUUACGAGAAUCGGAACACACACAUACAACGUC